CGGUUGCCAGUUGGAUCAUGUUCAUGUGUGUUUUUUCGGACACUGAUAAUAUGCCACUAGCUGCCAUGUCACUGAGUUAGAGAACACAAAGCCGGAGUCUGGAUCAGAGUGGCACCCCGUCACAAGCUCAUCGAUCUAAGGAGAAGAACAGUUUGCGUGUGUCAUGCUUCCACGGGACAAAGAAAGCACAGAAGAAGAGACAAACGGUCAGUGUGAGCCGUGACAACGGUCAGCAGCGCCAACACAAACAAAGAUGUUACAGAGUGACACAGAUUGUUCGCUUCAGCUACAAACCUGACUUUGAUACCCCCCCCACCCCCGUAUGACGUCAUCUGCCUUUCUGGCUGCCGAUUGGUCCGCAGCCAACAGGUGAGCAGCAGCUGUGAUGACAAAUGAUACCAGAAUGGCAUUAAAAUUUAACAGCUUCAGCUCAACGCUAGGAAGGCUGCAGACAGUAGCUCAUCAUGGAUGACAACAGUCUCAUUUCAGGGCUAGAGGACUUCAACAAAAUCCACCCGCCUGCCUACAGAGUUGCCAUGAAGCUUGAAAGUCUACAGAACAUCUAUCGCAUGGAUGCUGUGUUGGUUCGCCACAUUGAGGCAGCCCUUGACCUGGAUGGCAGAGCCAAACAGCAGUCGGAUUCUGUGCUUGGCAAGGACGAAGUAACCCAGCGCCUGAACAGGAUGUUCAGGAGUGUCUCACCAGAAUUUGCUGAUCAUUUCAGUGUAGAGCCGUCCAAGAAAUUAUGCGGUCUUAUAUUCAGGAUGUUCGAUAGGAAUCAGUUGGGUCAAAUACAGGCUAUUUCUCUCCACGUUGCGCUCAUCUGUUUAUCAGCAGAAACUCUGUUGCUGAAAUAUGGAGGCCUGGCUUGCGCAGCUGCAAGUGCUUCGGGAUCCAUCAGUAGGUCUUCUCUCACAUCUUUAUUAGAGGAUGUCAGCCAGGUUCCUGCAGUCAUCCAGGAGGAAGGGCUAUUUGGUGAUGUCGAAGACGCAGUGAAGUCGUGUUUUCACGGGGUGCUGACCUCGACCGUAAGCAGGGAACACGUGUCAUCAUGGCUCCAGAGCGAGCCUCGUCUGUUGCUAUGGCUACCAGUGCUGUAUCGUUUGUUCAUAAGUCAGAAGGUCGUUCACGCCGUCCACUGUCAUAUCUGCAAGAUAUUUCCCAUACGUGGACUCAGGUAUCGCUGUGUGAAGUGUCUGAAGGUCCACGUGUGUCAGAGUUGCUUCCUGUCGGAGCAACAGACACGCAAACACAAGAGUCACCACCCAGUGAUUGAGUUCUGUACACAGCCCACCUGGCGAGAGACUUUCUCCUCAUUCGUGCACAGUGCUCGUCACUGCCUGCUACCACAUCGACUGACUCAAAGAGGAGCUGAAAGGAGGAAGAGUCUAACGAGGGAGGGGGCAGAGGACAGCCACAAGAGCGCUCCACCUCUCCAUUCCGCUACUCCUGAAGAAGAUGGGAGCACCUCCUCCCAUGUAUGCGUUUCCCAUGAUUCCUCAGUGCAUCCUCACUCCUCUUCAUCUAAAUCCCUACAGACUGAUCAGACGCUGCAGGGACAGUUGGAGGUUUCCACUCUGCUCGCUGAAGUCAGGGACCUGCACAGAGACAGACGGCUACUGGAAGAGCAGCUGCAGGUGUGGCAUCUCGCUGUGCAAUCAGAACAUGGUAUGUUGAAGCAACGGUGUGCAGAGAUGGAAGUUACCAUGGAGACCGUCAGAGAACACAACCUCCGUCUGCAGGCGACACUCACUCAGACACUGAACAAACUGGAGCUACAACACGCCAAUGAUAGGCCGCCACAACACCAGAAUGAGAUGGAGAAUGCAGAAAACACGGAGAAAGGAAACCUGACACCAACUUCUGACAUAGAGACAUGCUUGGACGAAGAUGUAAACACUGAAGAAUUAAUGUUGAAGACAGACUAUGAGUGGAGCGAGAAUGAGGAAACUCCACCCCCCACGAUCAACCAGGGCUUUGCUUGGUCCCAUGACAUCCACUAUGAGGAGGUGGAUUGUGCAGAUAGCAGCCUUCUUUGUCAAUCGAUACAACAAGAGGAUUUCCUAAAGGAGGUGGACACGGGUAUGGCUAAUCAACAGGUCUGCGGAACUUGUAGUCCGGAAGAGAUGCUGCAACAGACUGUGGACCGACUGAUAAGUGUCUUAUGGACAGACAGGAGGAAGGAUAAACUAUCAGGUGAUAAGGGAUUGGCGCUGAUUGAGGCUGCAGACCAUGUUGGAGACUCAUUAUUCUACCUAGUGGACGCUGUGAGACAAGUCUAGAUGAAGAAUGAGUGUUUACUCCACAGUGGACAAUGUUGUGCCUUUAUGAUUUUAAUAUUUAACUGCAUACCAAUUCUUCUCCAUCAGUGGUGAGUCCCAGUCACUCUGUGUUUGAAGAGAGUGAGGCAGACUGACGUGAAAGCUGUCCGUCUCCUCCAGCGGACAAGAAUUCAAGCUGUCGCCAUGACAACAUGUUUGGAUUACCUGGAGCCCAAC